UUGAGGGCUGCAGAGCCACUCAGCCAUGUUGGGAGCAAAACCGCACUGGAUACCAGGUCUCCUGCCCAGCUCCAGGCUGCCCUUGGCUCUGGUGCUUCUGGCCUUGGGGUCCGGGUGGGCUCAGGAGGGGUCAGAACCCGUCCUGCUGGAGGGUGAGUGCUUGGUGGUCUGUGAGCCUGGCAGAGCUGCUGCAGGAGGGCCUGGGGGAGCAGCCCUGGGAGAGGCACCCCCAGGAAGAGUGGCAUUUGCUGCAGUCCGAAGCCACCACCAUGAGCCAGCAGGGGAGACCGGCAACGGCACCAGUGGAGCCAUCUACUUCGACCAGGUCCUGGUGAAUGAAGGUGGUGGCUUUGACCGGGCCUCAGGCUCCUUCGUGGCCCCAGUCCGGGGUGUCUACAGCUUCCGAUUCCACGUGGUGAAGGUGUACAACCGCCAAACCGUUCAGGUGAGCCUGAUGCUGAACACAUGGCCUGUCAUCUCAGCCUUUGCCAAUGAUCCUGAUGUGACCCGGGAGGCAGCCACCAGCUCUGUGUUACUGCCCUUGGACCCCGGGGACAGGGUGUCCCUGCGCCUGCGUCGAGGGAAUCUGCUGGGUGGCUGGAAAUACUCAAGCUUCUCUGGCUUCCUCAUCUUCCCUCUCUGAGGGCCCAGGGAAUCUAACCUCUGACCACUGCCUUCUGCCCUCUCCUGCCCCAGAAACAGCAUCUUUGUGGCAAGAGAGGGGCUCCCUCCAGCUUCCUGUAUCCCACUUCCUUGCAUGAGACCCUGUGCCAAACACCCAAGGUAAAUAGAGAAAAGUAGAGCUGUGGCAUUUCUGGACCUGGCCCUUCCCACCCGCCCAUAGUUGCCUUCCCAGCCACCUGCUGCAUCUCUUCAUCUCUGCAGCCCUGGGUCAGGGCAAGGAUUGGCAGAUAGGGAGGCCUGCACCACUUUGUAAUCCCUGCUUCUCCUGUCCCCCACCCCAGCUUCCUGCUCAGUGCUAUUUGGGGACAGGUGGCACAGGUGAACCUGACAGGCCCCCAGAUGGGCCCAGAUGGACUAGCCUCAGCAUACCUGCAGGCUUCUUCCUGUGAGGAGUGCCAGCAUCACAGAUCUCCAGAUCUCUGCCAACACCAUCAGAAGCUGAACCAACACCAUAUGGGGCAGAGCAGGAGGCUCAGCCACAAGCAGAAGUGUGGGAGGGCUGGUAAGGCAGGAAGCGGGGGGGAUGCGCCUGGCCUGAACAUGGUCAAUAUUCUGGAUUUGUAUGGGGACAGCUGGCAGGGAGGGACCUUGGUCACACCUCGGUGUCAGGUCCCAGAUGGACUCUGGCCCUUACCUCCCCAUCCGAGACUUGGGUGUGUGUUGUUUGCUCUGGCUGAGAGCAGAGCUGGGAGAGGGUGUACAGAGCUGGAGGUGGGGGUAGAAGGUGACAUGGGGACCAUGGAACACAUCAGUGACCAUGCACCUUCUUGCUUAGCCACUUCCUGCAACUGCUUCACCUUGGAAGUCUGAACUUCAGUCACUCCACACUCUGCCACCUCCUUCCUCCCAGCUCUCACCCAGUUACUUGCCCUGUGCCUGUCCCAGCCUGUUCCCACCAUCUCCCUUCUUUCUCCUGAUCCAUGCUGUCUUAUUCUCCUUCGUAAGCUUCCUAUUAUCUGGGAUUCUGUGAUUUACCACUUCAACUGCUCUCCCCAGUAUCAUAAA